UAACCGUCGCCGUCUUUGUGUUUGCUGAAUCGGAUGUUCGGGUACCAGUGUUAAGUAAAAAUCUCGCGGGUACGUGUUGCGGUGGGCGUUUGGUCAACUGUUGUGAGCCCAACGGCCGGUGACUUGUGCAUAUAAACUCCAUGUCAUGCCGGCGGUAGCACGGGAUCUGUGCACACACUUGUUGUAGACAGCAACUUUUCGAGGUCUCUCCACUUGCAUGUCAUUGCCUCCGAUCCGAGCGAGCCUGAGAUUUUUACUCACCGAUCCGUCGGCUCGACAAGCUUGGUUCCCCUCUCGGUACAGCGCAGUGAACGUUGUCGUCCUGUCCGGUAAAUGACUAGACCGUCUUUCUGAAAACUCCCAACCGUCUUUCCCGAAGCCAUUUCGACGGUCCAGCCAGCUCGAUCGCCGGUUAUCAACCCAUCAGUCAUCCAGCCAAUUUGUCUGUUUAUCCCCAAGGCUGUGCUUCGCCCGGUCCACCCUUCAACGCCAGCCUGCAACCCACUUGAUUCUACGGAGGUGCUUCGCUAGCCUUAUGGAUGUUCAUGGAACAGAGUGAGCCCGCCUGGCCCCACCCAGGAGCACUGACCAAGUCUCCGUACAGCGACCAACCCCAGCAGCAGCAGCUAGAGGGUCACCGACCAGCCGCUCCGGCCGGUUCCCCGGACAGCUGCGCUAGCGAGACCUCCGGGAGCGACUCGCACUCCCACUCCAGUGAGGACGAAGCCGACCGGAGCCCCGGGUCCGCCUCUUCCCGAGCCGAUAGCCGGUCCGUCGGUAGCGCCUCCCACCACACGCCUUCCCCGCCCGCUACGGCUACAUCCCCGCACCGUCUCAGCACCAAUCCCCUCCUGAGCGGGUCUGCCCCCACUAACCCCACCAACACCGACCUCUACCGCGGCGCUUCAGCCUGUCUAGCCGAGCCCUCUCAGCUCCUACAGAGCGAGGACGUUGAGGUCUUCUUCAAUCACUUGGAUCGUCAGCCUUCCCCAAACUCUCGCCCACCACACCAGGUCCCUAACAUUCCCGAACCCCAUCAGCCUCUGAAUCCGGUUCAUCCACACCACCACCAGGACCACUACAACCCCUCCAUGAUGUACCAGUCACCCAUGACAAACCUGCCUACCGUGAGCACCGGGGGCAUCCAGCACUCCUACGACAACACCUUCCUGCAUUCUGCCGGGAGCCCGGUCUACGUGCCCACCACGCGCCCGGCGGUGCUCUCCAUGCCCCACGCUCACUCCCAGUAUCUUCAGGCUGCCGCACCGGCCGGUUCGCCCCAGCAGGCCAUGCAAGGCAACACCCACGCGGCUGCUGCCGCUGUCUGGAGCCAGCAGUCGGAAGGCGGUUACACCACCACGACCACCUCGCACCCGUCCGUGGGUCAGCGGUUCGCCUUCCCACCGAGCCCGCCGAUCACAUCCACUGGAAGCCCCCUGACGGCUCGGCACGCCACCACGGCACACAACGGUCUUGGUGCCUACUACGUGAGCCCGGAGAUCGCCUCGUGGUCUGCGCCGUUUGAUAGCUCCGUUGCUCUGCACCCCAACAUGAUCGCAAGACGACCAAGUCCAGAGAGUGACAUGUGGACACAGGACUUUGGAAUCGGGAGAGAGUGCGUCAACUGCGGGGCCAUUUCCACGCCUCUGUGGCGACGGGAUGGUACCGGUCACUACCUCUGCAACGCCUGCGGUCUGUACCACAAGAUGAAUGGGAUGAGCCGGCCUCUCAUCAAGCCCCAGCGACGCCUGGACGAGUUGGGAGAACUAUGCGAGAAGGCGCCGGACAUGACCAUUGAGGGCCUGGAUCCGAACCUUCUGCGCUUUAAGGACCGGCGCUGGAAACCGCAAUCCGGCUCACGCCGUGAGGGCAUCGUGUGCGCCAACUGCCAUACCACUACCACAACGCUCUGGCGGAGGAAUAAAGAGGGUGAACCGGUCUGCAACGCUUGCGGCCUGUACUACAAACUGCACAGCGUGAACCGCCCUCUAGCGAUGAAGAAGGACGGCAUCCAAACGCGCAAGCGCAAACCCAAGGGCUCGUCCAAGCAACAGCAGCAGCAGGUGAAUGGUCAGCAGCAGUCGGCCACGCCCAAAUCGCCCAAGGACGCCCACGGCCAUACCACUCUGGGCACCGCACUGCCGCCAACGUCUAUGCACAGCCCAUCAAUUAAGAUGGAGCCCCAUUUUAACUACGGUAUGCACCCCUCCGUAACGGGCCACAUGUCCCUCUCCGGACUGACCAACUCGCCCCGUCUGCAGCCCACCCACAACCCCCACCACCUCGACCACAUACAACAUGUUCACCACCAGCCCAGCCACGCCAACAACGGCAACGGGGGCCACACCAACCGGCUCUUGUCCAACGGGAGCUCGGCCGGCCACAGCCCGCUGAACCUGGUCAGCCCCGGCGGCUCGGAGCACGGCAGCACGGGGAUUCAGACCACGACCAACGUGGUUGCCCAGGCGGCCGCGCACACGCUGUUCGCCGGGGUGAAUCCGUCGCCUCCCACCGCCGUGGCUGUGUCGCUAGAUAGCGGUAGCAUGGCUUCUGCCGUGUCCUCAGAUUAGUGUCCAAGCAAAAGUUAAGGAACAGUAAGUAGAGAAAAUAGUUGUCAUCUCACCAAUCACAAGACUUCAAAUGACAAGUCAGUCUUAAGUCAAUGUUAGUUAGAGCGUAAGCAGUCGCAAGCCAGCAAAAGUCAAUCGUAAUUCAUAAGUUUAAAAGUGUGUCAGUCGCAAGACUUCAGAUCAGUGUUGUAAAGUGUGAAGUUUUUCACAAGUCCAUCAGAAGUACUCACAAGUAAAUCACAAGCCGGUUCACAAGUCACAGGCGACCCUGCUCUGAAGUUUAAUUUUAAAAACAAUUUUCAUCAUUUCUUCCAAAGUUUAAUACCCAUUGAUUAAACUAUUCGUUUCUUGGAGUAAUCAUGGCAUAUGGAGACAUAAGGCAACCUGCGGAUCAUGAAUAUGCAUGAUCAAAGAAUCAGCCAAUCAAAACAGAGAAAACUCACAAGACUAAACCCCAUUCAUAAAAAAGUACAUCUUUUCUUUAUAACGAAAUUGCACAUUUCUAUACUUUACCGACUCUGCACACCUGCACUUAUUUUAUUAACCUUUGAAUGCAAUUGAAAUAUAUAUUUUUCAAUAAUUACUCCAUUUUUUUUAUGGAUUGUUGAAGAACGAUUUCUCUGUAGAUGGAAAUUAGUAGAAUGGUUUCAAUGCAAAUGAGAAAACGGUUUUGUUUAGAGUCGGGAUUGUUUAUAACAUAGGAUGGCAGCUGAAUGGAGAAAAACAAUUGGUAAUUUUUUAUUUACAGAAAAUUAUAUGAUAGAAAUAAUUUAGAAUGUCGUAUCGUAAUCAGUACUGAUUAUUGUACACCCUCGUGACUGCCCAAUUGCCUUCCAACAUGGUCGAGUGAGGGCGCCGUACCAUACAGCUGUGAAAACCAAAGUUGAUGCCAAUUUUGUACUGCGCUUGGCGACGGAAUAUUACCAAAGAAAUUAUGAUCGUUUGCAUUAGUAAUGUGUGAUUUUUAUAUAUGACAGUAAAGGAGUUACAAACCAAAGAUGCUAAAUGAGUCUUUGGUCUGUUGUAAAUAUUUAUAUUAUACCCUUAUUGUUUUUUUCUUUUUGGUGUAUUUUUUCCUCACGUUGUACACAUAAUAACCUCUUGUGGUUUUAUUAGCCUCCUUGUGAUUGGUCAGUUUAAUGAAGCAAAUUAUUUAUUCAACCGCUAUCUGUUGAGAUAAUGCAUGGUGAGUUUUUUUGUUUUAUAUAAUUGUUCGUUUUUAAUUUAAGCCUUUCAACUUCUGUGCGGUUUUAUAAUCACAGCCUUUCUUCUUAACUUUCCAGACCACCUUGCAACUCCUAAUUAUUUUGCAUUUACUUGACAUUUUCAAGUUCUAGCAGACAAUCGGAAUUGAAAAUUGAAAUUGAAAUUAAGCUAUAUUUUAUAAUAAUAAGAAGCAAUUUUAGUGCGAGUGUGCUUGGGUUUUUUUCUUCAAAACACCAAAUAUGAUGGAAGUCCGGAACAUUUUGAAUUGCCUUUUUGCCAAUAGAAAAAUUUGAAUCAGUACUUCUCAUUGUACAGGUUUCUUUUCAAACGCCAAACAAACCUUCGCCUUAAACUUUCAAUGGGAAAUUUUAAAGAUUUUUUUUUGAUUUCACCUACAGUUAUGAUCAAUCUUGCCGAAUGACUCGUAGAUCAGAAACAACAACUAGCACAGUUUAGUUUUGAUUACUUAUGAUUAGGUGUGAUUUCUAUAUAUUUUUUGUGGUGAGUUUGUAAGUGUGCAAUGGUAAAUUAUGAGUCCUCGAUUUUAUUUAAUUUUAAUUAAGUUAUGUUAAUUUACAGUGUAUAUUGUAUUGAUACUAUAAGGGAUUGCAAAAAACAAACACUAGCACAAACUCGGCUUGCAUGAAAUUAAUUCGUUUAUUUUAGGAUUGGAAAGGUUUUGAUCAGCUCAGUGGACUGGUAACAGAUCGAUCAAAAUAGGCCCCGCCCUAUGCGCACGUGCGCAACUACACGCGCACCUUUUCAUUCCAACACGCGCGCGUGUCGAAUAUCAAUCCUGUGCACGCGUGUCCGACGUUAACCAAGGCUGUGAUUGGUCAAAAGAUCACGGGGCAGGGCUUAGUGGAUAUUACACAUUCGACGGCUGUUUAUGAAUACUUUAUUUAUGUUGAUGUGCACUAAAAUCGCCCUUGCAACUGUUAUACGUC